AUGGCCGCCGCAGUCGCCGAAAGCGUCGUUCUUCCUGUCACAGACGAGAACGCUCCUCCAAAUGGCAUGGAACCUGAAGUUAAGAAUACUGAAGAAGUCACAGUUUUUCACGACCCAAAUAACUUUAAUGUAAAACAUCCACUGAUGCACGAGUGGACCCUUUGGUUUACGAAACCUCCGAUUGGCAAGGGCGAUAACUGGAACGAUUUACUCAAAGAAGUCGUUACUUUCAACUCCGUUGAAGAGUUCUGGGGUAUUUAUAACAACAUCACACCAACGUCUGAACUUGGUCUAAAAGCCGAUUAUCACUUAUUCAAAAAAGGUGUUCGACCAGAGUGGGAGGAUCAGCAGAAUAAGCAUGGCGGUAAAUGGUCUUUCCAGUUCAGAGAUAAGCGCAGUGUUCCCAUCGAUGAGCUUUGGCUUCACUCUCAGCUUGCUGCAAUUGGUGAGACACUCGAGAGCGACGGUGAUAAUGAAGUAAUGGGCGUUGUUGUGAAUGUUCGUAAAGGCUUCUACCGUAUCGGCCUCUGGACCAGAACUGUCGGCAAAAGCAUUCCUGGCUCAGAUGGGCGCUCUGCCGAGAAGGGGCGUGCAACGCUAGAAGCGAUUGGCCGAAGAUUUAAAGAAGUUUUGAGAUUGAAAGAUACGGAUCAACUUGAAUUCUCCGGCCAUACUGACAGUGCCACUUCUGGAAGCACUAGAGCAAAGGCCAAAUUUGUGGUUUAA